CCCUGCACCUGCUUGUGCUCUGUCUCUCAAAAAUGAAUAAACAUUAAAAAUUUUUUAAAAAUAAAUAAAUACAAGUAAUGAUUCUAGAUUCAAUCUCUUGAUAAAAUUCCUAAAAUAAAUCUAGGUCAAACCUAUUGGUAUCACUGUUUAGACUAAAGUUUACGGUGCUGCAGUCAUUCUACUAUGCAAUUUAAGGUAGAAUAUAUAGAAAUCUCAAGCAAAUUUUUCAUGAAAGAGAAUACUUCUUAUUUAAGGAUAUGGAACACAAUUCUAUUUUUUUAUAUCAUGGUAAUUUUUAAAAUGACAGCCUAAUGUCAUCCAAAUUUUCUCAAAUGUUUCAUCUUUUACUCAAUAAAGAAAUAUUGGUAAGAAUUUUAGUCAUGCGCUCUGAUGAUUUUUUUGGAACCGAGCUAGUUCCACAUCCAUAAAUACUGUUCCCUUCAGUUGGUAAAAAUCAAUAGAAAGCAAGUCUAACUUGCAGUUGUUCAGUUCCUAUAGUAUUUGAAAACAUUUUUUAAAAUUAAACAAUCCCUUUUAAUAAUUAUUCCUUUUAUUAAAUGCUCUUGGUAAACCUUCAACAUCACAUUAUACAACCCUUUGUUUUGUGCAGUUUUCAGUUUUACAAAUAUGUGUAAUUCUUGAAGAGGUGUGUAAUAACUUCUGGAACAGACACAUUAAGUUGGGCUUUUCUUACUCGUUGCAAUAAUAAGAUUUGGCUCUAGGCGCCGCUCUUCACCAAUCAGGGAAUGGGAAGCUGCAAGCUGCCUUCCCUCCCUCCCCCAUCUCUACAACACAAAGCAGAGUAACAUGGAUACUCACAGAUCCUGAUGCUGGAAACUUAAAGUAGUUCUCUCUCUAAUAUAUUCUGGAUGCAGUCAUCCUUGAACUUGGUAGAUAUAUAAGCUGAUUCAGAACAAAACAGCCCAAGAAACCAGGGAAUAUAAGCUCAGCUUACUGCCAUGGGGAAUCGGCUACUGUUUCUGGACCGCAGCGGGCUGAUCCUACUAUACAUUUUCCUGAGGACGCUACAGGAGUCUGGGGCAGGGCACAUCCAAUACUCGGUGCCCGAAGAGACAGAUAAAGGCUUCUUCGUGGGCAAUAUUUCCAAGGACCUGGGGCUGGAACCCUGGGAGUUGGCGGAACGCCGAGUCCGCAUCAUCUCCAGAGGCAGGAUGCAGCUUUUCGCUCUGGAUCCGCGAAGUGGCAGCUUGAUCACUGCAGGUAGGUUAGACCGGGAGGAGCUCUGUGAGACACUGUCCUCCUGUUUUUUAAAUAUAGAGAUACUUGUGGAAGAUACCCUGAAGAUUUACGGAGUGGAGGUGGAAAUAAUGGAUGUUAAUGAUAACGCCCCCAGCUUCCAGGAGGCAGAAAUAGAGAUAAAAGUCAGUGAGCACGCAACUCCAGGAUCGAGAUUUCCCCUUCCUAACGCUAGGGAUCCAGAUGUAGGAAUGAACUCUCUCCAGCGCUACCAGCUCAAUCCUAACAGUUACUUUUCCUUGCAAAUGCGAGGCGGGAUGGAUGGGGCCAAGAAUCCUGAACUAGUGCUGGAGGGGAGUUUGGACCGGGAAAAGGAGGCUGCUCACCAUCUCCUCCUCACAGCUUUCGAUGGAGGAGAUCCCAUCCAACAGGGUGCUGUUGCCAUUCGUGUAGUGGUCCUCGAUGUAAAUGACCAUAUACCAAAGUUUACACAGUCUGUAUAUCAAGUGAGUAUUCCUGAAAACCUCAGCUCUGGAACUCGGGUUCUCAUGGUAAAUGCAACUGAUCCAGAUGAGGGAAUCAAUGGGGAAGUGGUGUUUUCAUUCCGGAAUAUGGAAAGCAAAGCUUCUGAAAUAUUCCAGUUGGAUUCUCAAACUGGAGAAGUUUUAAUACGAGGGUCUCUGGAUUUUGAGAAAUCUAGAUUUUAUGAGAUGGAAAUUCAAGGCCAAGAUGGUGGAGGUCUCUCGACCACUGCUAAGAUAUUGAUCACAGUUGUGGAUGUGAAUGAUAAUGCUCCAGAAAUAACUAUCACAUCUUCUACUAAUUCAGUGCUGGAAAACUCUCCUCCAGGUACAGUUAUUGCUCUUCUAAAUGUGCAAGAUCAAGACUCUGGAGAAAAUGGUCAAGUCUCAUGUUUCGUUCCUAACAGUCUGCCUUUUAAAUUAGAAAAGACUUACGGAAAUUAUUACAAAUUGAUAACAAACAGAGUGCUGGACAGGGAGCAGGUCCACAGCUAUAAUAUAACCUUGAUAGCCACAGAUCAGGGACAUCCACCCUUGUCUACAGAAACUCACAUUUCACUGAAUGUAGCAGAUGACAAUGAUAACCCACCCACUUUUGCUGACUCAUCUUACUCCGUCUACAUUCCUGAAAACAACCCCAGAGGAGCUUCCUUCUUCUCAGUGAUGGCACUUGACCUGGACAGCAAUGAGAACUCCCGGGUCACUUAUUCCCUAGUGGAGGAUACCCUGCAGGGAGCACCUUUAUCCUCCUAUGUCUCCAUCAACUCAGACACCGGCACCCUAUAUGCACUGCGCUCUUUUGACUAUGAACAGUUCCGUGACCUGCAAGUGUGGGUGACAGCACUGGACGGUGGGAACCCGCCACUCAGCAGCAAUGUUUCUGUGAGCAUAUUCGUGCUGGACCAGAAUGACAAUGUGCCAGAGAUCCUGCACCCCACCCUCCCAACCGAUGGUUCCACUGGUGUGGAGCUGGCGCCCAGGUCAGCUGAGCCUGGCUACCUGGUGACCAAGGUAGUGGCGGUGGACAGAGACUCUGGCCAGAAUGCCUGGCUGUCCUACCGCCUGCUCAAGGCCAGCGAGCCAGGGCUCUUCGCAGUGGGGCUGCACACGGGCGAGGUGCGCACAGCACGGGCCCUGCUGGACAGAGAUGCGCUCAAGCAGAGCCUGGUGGUGGUGGUGCAGGACCAUGGCCAGCCCCCUCUCUCGGCCACCGUCACGCUCACCGUGGCCGUGGCUGACAGUAUCCCAGAUGUCCUGGCUGACCUAAGCAGCUUCGAGUCUUCUGCCAAUCCCCACGAUUCUGGCCUCACACUCUACCUAGUGGUGGCGGUGGCAGUUGUCUCCUGCGUCUUCCUUGCGUUUGUGAUUGUGCUGCUGGCGCUCAGACUGAGGCACUGGCACGCGACACGUCUGCUCCAGGCUUCAGGAGGCAGUUUGGUUGGCAUGCCUACCUCGCACUUUGUGGGCGUGGACGGGGUGCAAGCUUUCCUGCAGACCUAUUCCCAAGAGGUCUCCCUCACGGCGGACUCUCGGAGGAGUCACGUGAUCUUCCCUCAGCCCAACUAUGCGGACAUGCUUAUUAGUCAUGACAGCUGUGAGAAAAGCGAGCCACUCUUGAUAGCUGAAGAUUCAGCUGCUGGUUUAGGCAAAUUUGACUCCAAGAAUAAUCAGGUGAGAUUUAUUACCUACCUCCCAGUUGUUGCUAUCUCUGUGCAAGUCUUUUAAGUGGCUUAAAAACAUAUUUCUGGUGGGGGGAUAUAUUCAGUUCAUACAUGUUUAGAGCAAUACAUAUGAGUUCCUCUAUUUUAUCUUUCAACAAAUUACCAUCAUUUUUCAGAAAAGGUUUUUCCACUCCUCUGGCAUAUUUUCUUUUGAUUCUAAAGGUCUAGUUCAGCUACCAUGGCUUGCUUUAUAAUAAGUUAAAUUUUAGUAAUAUUUUUCUAUCAUCAGUGUUUGUGGCUAUCAAUGAACUGGUUAGGAUUCAAAUUAAUGAUUCACAAUUUUUUUGUUUGCCUAUUACAAUUUCACAUUGCCUCCAUUUAUUUAUAAUUAAAUUCUACCACUAUUUGCUUUAUUUCUAAUGUUCAAAUUUGAUCAUGUUGAUUCAAUGUCAUACACUCUGUAGCUCUUUUCCUUAUCUAUAUACACAUAUAUACAACAUUUACAUGUAAGUGUUCACACAUGUAAGCUUGGCUCUGAGCAUGAAAAUUCUAUUUUGAGUUUUGAUGAGUGGUAAUAUGUUUCAAUUAUGUUGAUUAUUUCAACUUUGUGUAAUUUAUUUAUAUUACCAAAACAGAUAUGCUGAUUGCCUUUUUACUACUAGAUUCUUUUGGGAGAGGAAAUGUAGAGUACACCUUUUUUCUUAAGUUCUACACAUAUUUUCUGUUUCUACCAUGAAGUCAUUUGAUUGUUCUGAAGAAAUAGUUGAAUUGUUGAACUGGUAUUAUUUUCUUUUAUUCUUUUACUUGUACUUUAGUGUGUGUGUGUGUGUGUGUGUGUGUGUGUGUGUGUGUGUGUUUAAGAUUUAUUAAUGUAGUAAAUUCACCUGCAUAAAUAAUUUUGAUCCAGUGCUUCUCAAAAAGUUAUUUUCAAAUUGGCUAAACAUGCUUACAUUUUUCAGAUAUACUAAUGUGAACUAGUUUGUGAAUAUUUGGACUUUAUGAGACUGAUUUAUCUGGUAUUCCUAUUUGGUGUUUCCUUUUUGUUGUUGUGUGUUUUCAAUAUGCCUAUGAGUCAUGGAUUCCUUUUUUAUUUCCUUUGAAAACUCAUUUUGUAAUAUAUAUAAGUAUAUUCAAUCCUUA